UUAUAAUAAUAUAUGUAUAUGUAGCAAUUGCACUACAGACUAAAUACCUACAACAAUACACAUUAUAAUUUGUAGCAUAGUAUCUAGUAAUAAAUGUGACUGCCGACUAGCGAGAACACUCGCAUUUUAUGUGUUUAUCGAGGUACCUGUUACUAACAGUAUACAGAAUGGAAAAUUUUGCUGUUGAUUUUUGGUUGCUCUAGUGACUUCUAAAUUAUGGUUAAAUUGGAUUGCUGGUGAAAAGUAAAAGGAAAUCAAAAACAUUAUGUCUGGUUUCACCGAAGGAGGUUUGAACAAACGUUUGAAAGAACUUAACGCGUCACAACAAAGCAUACAGACCCUCUCUUUGUGGUUAAUACACCAUCGGAAAUAUGCACACACAGUUGUCAAAAUUUGGUCUAAAGAAAUAGCAGCAGGCGAUGAGGCUAAACAACUAACUUUGAUGUACUUAGCUAAUGACGUCAUUCAAAAUGGCAAGAAGAAAGGGCCCGAAUAUGGCCAGGAAUUUGGCAAAGAAUUAGUUAAAGCCUUUGAGAAAAUUUCAAAGAUUAAUUGUUCCGCCAAAACUAGACAGAGUUUAACACGUUUGUUAAACAUUUGGGAAGAAAGAGGAGUUUACAGUAAAACUCAAAUAGAUGACUUCAAGGCUGCAUUUGCUCCAGAAACCAACAAUUCUCCUAUACAACAACCACCGAUAAAAAAAACUAAACUAAACCACAAAUCAAAGAAAACUAAAUCACUAAACAAUGGAAUAAAAAAAGAAAAGGAAAUUGUUGUCGAAGUAGAUGGCGCCAAAGAGUUGCAUGUUACUCUUUCGCCCAAAACUCCUGUCAACGAUCCACCUGAACCUGAAGAACUUAUUAAAGCAUUAAACGAUUUGGAAAAUGCUCCAUCAUGUGAUGCUGUAGUACGAGAACGAAUAUCUAAACUGCCACCAGAAAUUGCAGAUGUCAGUUUGUUAUCUCAAUUAAAAGGUAAGAGCGAAGCUGAAGAUCUCUUGCGUAAAGUCAAUGAUGCUGUUGCCUUGUUGACUGAUUACAACACGAGGUUGGUAUGUGAAAUGGAGGAACGUAAAAAAGUAACGGCCAUGUUACAAGACUUUAUACAAUCACAAAGAGAUCUUAUUGAUCAAGCUGAACAAAGAUUACAGGAGUAUCAAGGUAAACUGCAAAAAGUUUGUCACGUCCGGCAAGAAGUCAGCACACACUUGCAAAACUUACCCGAUUUAGCUCAAUUGCCGAGCGUUCGAGGCGGCCUAGCGCCUCUUCCAUCAGCCGGUGAUUUGUUUACAGUUUAGUUUACCAUCUUAUCUGUUAUUCAUGUAUCUAUUUAAUGAUGUUUAUUACUAAACAUUUUGAACUACCUAGAUAUUAAAGUUAUUUUUAGUUGGUUAAAUGACAUUCAGUGAUUAUUAUUACAUAAAGUACUAUAUUUUUCAUUUGAUACUGCUAAUGUCAGAUUAUUAUGUUUAGAUUGAAUUACUACACAAAAUAUAAAAAAUUUAAAAAAAAAAUCAAUUAUGUCAUUAUGGGACGAUGACAAUAUUAGUAGCUAUGUGUUUCAUCGUUAAUUUUAUCAACGUUCCAAUGAUGAUAAUGAUGUUGCAAAUUAGUGAAACGAAUACUGUUGCACCGGAGGGCCACACCACUUGCCGAUAAAUUCUAAUAUCUGUUUUAUACUAGAUGAUUGAAUAGUUUUUGAUACCGUCAUCACUUUGGUCCAGUCGUCUUUAACGGCCAUUUUACCACUUUCGAAAGUGAUCGCCAAACUCUUUUUUACGUCUAUAACCGGCCAUCCGGAUAUUACACAAGUAGGAUAUACGCUGCCAUCAGGAGCUGUUAAAUUCGACGGAUACAGUUGUCUUUGGUCCAACGGCAAACUCUAAAAUAUAACAGUAUAAAAUAGCAUUUAAAUCUGUACAAUUAUCGUAAUAA